AUGACGAACGUAUCGCCCGUUUGGCGGGACGACGAUACUCCUCAGAUGGACGCCAAUCCACUAGCCGAACCGGACACUGAUCUGGACAAACAUGUGUAUAAGGGAAAAGGGCGGGCCGGCGACAUCGUCGACGCUAUUGGCACCGAUAUUGAGGCCUCAACAUCGAGAUUUACCACCAAAGAAGAUGCUCAUGGCGACGAAGAGGGUGACAGAGACAGCGAGAACGACGAAGAUGAGGACGAGGAAGACGAAGAUGAAGACGAAGACGAGGACGAGGAGGAAGACGAAGAUGAGGAGGAUGAAGAACCAAGACUCAAAUACGCUCGCUUGACACAACAUCUUGGUCCUGUUUAUCGCAACGGCGAUGCUACAAGCGCUUUUCUAGUGGCUGGCGACAAGAUGAUCAUUGGAACACAUAACGGCAACAUAGUAAGUACCCUUCGCGUUUACCACGCACACUCGGCGUCUGUUACCGGGAUCUCGAUAUCUCCUUAUCCCCCGCCACUGCCAACAGACAAAACCGAGAAAAUCUUGAAAGCCACCUCCCAGAACAUGACGGGUGUGCCAAGGCCGGAGUCACGACAUUCAGAGGCUUCUCCAGCAUCUACUUCGCGUCGAUCAAGAGAGCCGCACUCAAUCCCGAACACCCCUUCCAAUAAUAUCCAUAUCGCGACGUCAUCCAUGGAUGGUAAUGUUUGCGUACAAAGUCUGGUUGAUUUGAGGGAUGUGCAGUUGCGCAACUUUGCGAGGCCUGUACAGACGGUCGCCAUCUCUCCGGACUUCAGAAAUGACCGAACAUACCUCUCAGGGGGCACUGCAGGGCAGCUUAUACUCACUGUUGGCGGUCCCACUGGCCGCAGUACCUCGACAACUAUUGGCACUGCAGCGGCUGCGGCAUCGGGCUGGCUAGGUAGUAUGGGACUUGGGACAAACACUGGCCGUGACACCGUUCUGCACUCAGGGGAAGGCACAACUGGAGUCAAAAUCAUGCGGAGCAAUUCGCAACUACAAACCACGGAUUCUGACGACGCAUGGAAACGCAUUGGGCAUGUUGAUCGACCGCAAACAGACGAGUGGGAGGCCAUGGCUGGUGUAUGGAAAGGAAGGGUCGAGUGGAUUGACGAACAGGCUGUCGAAGUGGAUGACGAACCGGGUCGUGAGGAUGCGGCUCCGUCAAUAGUUGGCGAGAACUCUCAGCAACGAAAAAUUCUGAUCACCAAGAAGAUCGAACGGCUCAUCGUUGGCUGGGGUGGCACCAUCUGGAUAAUCCAUGUACACCCUGGUGGCAUUGGUACGGGCCUAAAUGCCGGCGAGAAGUCUAUUGGGCGUGCAGAAAUCGCUAAACAUCUCCGUAUGGACUGUACCAUCUCCGGCAUAUCGCUAUACAGCCAAAAUCUCCUCUUGGUGCUCGCUUAUGGCCACCCGGAAGGCGAAGACGAUGGCGACGACGAGGAAGAACGCAGACCAAGGAGCCAACACCACAAAUACCACUCAUCCGCCGCUUCGACAGGUACAGUGAGUAGUGAGCCAUCAGGUGGCAUCCGAAGACGACAAAACAAUCCGCCACCUGAGCUGCGUCUGAUCGAUUUGGCUUCACAAUCCGAAGUUGACAAAGACGAUGGCCUCAUAGUCAGCCGGUACGAGAGGCUUUCGUCAGGAGACUAUCACCUCGGCGUGCUCCCUGCUCGCAAUGCUGCUUCGGCUGUGGCCUCUUCAAAGGGCGCUCUGGAAUCCUUGGCCGGUUUUGGCAACGAUGUGUGGAAUGCUGCUAUCAAUCCCAAAUCACUGUUCAGUUCGGGAGUUAGCAUCAAGUCUAAAAACAGCAAUGACGGAGGCUCGAGCAACGCUGACAGUAUGAAACCGGGACUUUCACGCGCGGCAGUGCCGUCCGUACAUUCAAAUCUCCUCAAACCAGGGUCCAAAAUCUUUAUCCAUAGCCCCUAUGAUUGUAUUCUUGCUACGAAGAGGGACCUUGGGGAUCACUUGAACUGGCUUCUGGAGCAUCAUCAGUACCAAAAGGCCUGGGAGCUAUUGGAUGACAAUCCUGACAUUAUGGCACCGUCGCCUCCCAAGCUUGGCGAGGUUAGACCACCAACACCGGAUAAGAUCAACACGGCCGCAGAAGCAGUGUUCGACGACGCGUCGUCUGUGGUCGAGUCGGUUACCGCAGCAAGACAAGCCAACUCGACGGCUCAAAAAGAGAAGCGACGCAUUGGCGAGCUCUGGAUCCGAGAUCUCGUUGAAGCCGGCGACUGGGUGGCAGCGGGACAAGUCUGCGCCAAAGUUCUGGGAUCAUCUGAUAGAUGGGAGAAGUGGGUUUGGAAUUUCGCAAGCGCUAACAAGUUUGACGAUAUUGCACACCACAUUCCAGCGAAGUCGAUGCACCCUCCACUUUCUAGUGCGAUAUAUGAGGUCGUCUUGAACCACUACAUUCAGGCGGACAAGGUGCGAUUCAGAGAUUUGCUGGACAGAUGGCCCAGUGAACUUUUCGACAUCAAUACGGUCACAACGGCUUUGGAGAAUCAGCUCAAGUAUCGCGAUGUGAGGGAGGAUAGUGUCGAAGCUGGCGAGAGGGGUCGUGAUUGGCGCAUCGUCAUGGAGUCGCUGGCAAAAUUGCAUGAGCUGAACGGCCGAUACAGGGAAUCGCUCAAGUGCCACAUCAAGCUACAGGACGCGGACUCAGCCUUCCGGAUGAUUCGAGAGAACCACUUAGCAGAUGCCGUGGUCGACGAUAUCCCAAGUUUUAUCGGCUUAAGGGUACCCUCUCACGAGCUUGACAAGAUGAGUGAGUUUGAUCUCGAGGAAGCUACGUCUGAGGCCAUCACAUUACUUGUCGACGAAGCACAGCACGGACUUGUCCGGCCAGCAACCGUAGUGACACAACUUGAGGAAAGAGAUCUCACUCUUUUCCUUUACUUCUACCUGCGGGGCCUGUAUAAGGGUGAAGGCAUCGAGGAACAUACCGGCGAGAAUCGUGAAAGACUGCAGCAAGAGAGCAAGUAUCUGGUGGACGACUUUGCCGAUAAAGCUGUUCAACUUUUUGCUAAGUAUGACCGAUCGAUACUCAUGGACUUCCUCCGCUCAUCCACUUCGUACGCAUUCGAGAAAGCGACACAAGAAUGUGAGCGGUAUCGAUAUGACGACGAGUUGGUCUAUUUAUAUUCCAAAACAGGUCAAAUGAAACGAGCGCUGUUUCUCAUUAUCGACCGGCUCAAGAACGUCAAGAAAGCAAUUGAAUUCGCCAAGGAACAGGACGAUCCCGAUCUGUGGAGUGAUUUGCUUGAUUACAGUAUGGACAAGCCAAAGUUCAUUCGCGGACUUCUCGAACAAGUUGGCACAUCCAUCAAUCCGAUUACGCUAGUUCAACGAAUACCUGAAGGCCUCGAAAUCGAAGGAUUACGCGAGGGUCUUGCUCAUAUCACGAAGGAGCAUGAGAUUCAAUUCAGCAUCAGCUUAGGCGUCGCGCGUGUCCUCCGCAGUGAGGUUGCCGCAGCGCAGAAUGAAUUACGCAUCGGCCAACGUAAGGGCAUCAAAUUCGAGGUUGAAGCGCAGGGACAAUAUCACGUUGAUUUGUCUGUGCAAGAGGUAGCAGCACCACCUGUCAAGGCCGAGGAGGUUGAGCAAACGCUUGAGGACGAUCACACAACGGGAAAGGACGUUCAGUCGCCAGUACAUGCCAACUUCCAAGGACCUCCCAAGCCAGGCCACUGUGCUCAAUGUCAAGAGGCUUUCACGGACUUUGAGAUGGAGACCUUGAUUGGGUUCGCGUGUAGCCAUGUUUUUCAUUUGUCGCAUUUGUUAGAGGCUCUAUACCCCGGAAAGAAGCAGGAAGUGGACUUGGGUGCUGAUGUGGCUGAUCGACCUGGCCAUGGCUGGCGUGUUGGACCUAAGGUGACGCAUGCGCGGCUGAUGAAAAAUAAGAUCCGUGAAGGAUGCCCAGUAUGUAAGAGACCUAAUUAGAGUAAUCGUUAGAGAUCUCUGCAAGGACUCGGACUCUGUACCUGCUCCACUGCUGUUCAUAGCCAGCGUAAUCGAAUCGCGUGGAAACAUGUAGUCAGUGAAAGCUGAACCCCAUUCCUUA